AUGUCAACGACAACAAGUGUAGGAGGCAAGGUUCUUCUUGAUGUUGGGGGUAAAAAAUUUUCGACUACAAUUCAAACAUUAACAAGUCACGAGGAAGAUUCUUAUUUUACAGCACUUUUCUCACGUCAUUGGGAACUGGAAAAAGAUGAACGAGGUCGUAUUUUCAUUGAUCGUAAUGGUGAUCUCUUUGUUGAGAUUUUGGAAUACAUGAGAAAUGCACAAAAUUAUGAUAUUCCAUCUGAUGAACAUUUACAACACAAAUUACUUAAUGAAGCUGCAUUUUUUCAAUUGCACAAAUUAAGUGCUCGCUUGUAUUUAUUUAAAGACACUAGUCUAUUAAACGUGGAACAUCAACGAAUACUCAAUAAAUUUUACGGUAAAAAGCAUCAACACUGGCAGUUAAUGUAUAAAGCUACGAGAGAUGGAUUUGACACAGCUGCAUUUCAUAAACUCUGUGCUAAUCGUAAUCGUCUAACUAUGACAGUCAUACAAUCAACAGAUGGAUAUCUCUUUGGUGGAAUUGACGCACGGAACUUUGAGGACACAUCGGAUUCUGAGGAUACAUCGGACUGUGAAGACACAUCGGACUAUGAUCGGAUUUCUCCGUUUCUAUUUUUGUUAGUGAAUGCCAAUAGAAAUCAUCCAACGAAGUUUCUUCCGAUUAAAAAAAUCGUUCCAUACUAUGUUAACAAGUACGGGCUAUCCUUUGGAAAGGCUGAUGAGUACGAUUUGCGCAUUAGUGAUCGAAGUAACGAAAAUAUGAAUAGUUAUUGUAAUCUUGGACGCAACUAUUCUGAUACAAUUGGUCUUGGCAAGAAUACAUUCACAGGUUCACAUCACUUUCAAACAAAAGAAAUUGAAGUUUUCACAUUAGCAUCACGGCCAAUUAUUUCUAUUCAAAACGUUGCUAUUACUCAUUGGCCAAAGUCCUCGUUAAAGACAACAGAAGAUUAA